UGCGCCGUCUAUGGUCGUUGCGUUCCCACCGCCUCACCGCGCGUAGCUAGCUUAUGGCCUUGGCAGCCACCAAAGCAGCGGCAAUGGCGGCGAUCCACCCGCAAUGCGGGGGCGCGACGAUCCCGCGCGCGCAGCGACGAGUGCGGUGCCGCGUGCGAUGCGCGGCGGGAGUCACGGCGGCGACUGUGGCCGCGGCGUGCGUGCCGGUGGAAGUGGCACGGCGUGGGCCGCGGAGGACGACCGUGGCAGGCAUGUGGAGGCAGGUGCAGGGGUGCGACGACUGGGAGGGGCUGCUGGAGCCGGCGGUGCACCCGGUGCUGAGGAGCGAGGUGGCGCGGUACGGUGAGCUGGUGGACGCUUGCUACAAGGCGUUCGACCUCGACACGGCGUCGCGGAGGUACCUCAACUGCAAGUACGGCCGGGAGCGGAUGCUGGAGGAGGUGGGCAUGGCCGACGCUGGGUACGAGGUCACGAGGUACAUCUACGCGGCGCCCGACGUCACCGUGCCGACCAUGGAGCCGUCCACCAGUGGGCGGGGCCGGUGGAUCGGUUACGUCGCCGUGUCCACUGACGAGAUGACCCGGCGGCUGGGCAGGCGCGACGUGCUCGUCUCGUUCCGCGGCACCGUGACGCCCGCCGAGUGGAUGGCCAACCUCAUGAGCUCGCUCGAGCCGGCGCGCCUCGACCCCUGCGACCCGCGCCCGGAUGUCAAGGUCGAGUCGGGCUUCCUCAGCCUCUACACCUCGGCCGACAAGACGUGCCGCUUCGGCGGCGCGGGGAGCUGCCGGGAGCAGCUCCUCCGUGAAGUGUCCCGCCUCAUCGACUCGUGCUCCAAGGACCACCCCGGCGAGGACGUCAGCGUCACCCUGGCCGGUCACAGCAUGGGGAGCGCACUGGCUCUGCUCUUCGCGUACGACCUCGCCGAGCUAGGCCUCAACCGCGGCGCCCCCGUGACCGUGUUCUCCUUCGGCGGGCCGAGGGUCGGGAACGCCGCAUUCAAGGCCCGGUGCGACGAGCUCGGCGUGAAGGCGCUGCGCGUGGCCAACGUCCACGACCCGAUCACCAAGCUCCCGGGCAUCUUCCUCAACGAGGCCACCACUGGGGUGCUCCGCCCGUGGCGCGCCUCAUGCUACACCCACGUCGGCGUGGAGCUCCCGCUCGACUUCAUCAAGGUCGGCGACCUGGCGAGCGUGCACGACCUCGGCACGUACGUCGGAUUGCUCAAGAACGGCAACAAGCCGGCACAGCCGUCCGCAACCCGACCAGGGCAGCGCCGUGACGGCGGCGUGCUGGCGAAGGUGAUGGAGUUCGUGGGACGGCAGCGCGCCGGGGCGGUGCCGUGGCAGGACGCGGCUCUGCAGAUGGGCGGCUUGGUGCAGACCCUGGGACUAAUCUGAUCGAAUCAACCGGCGGUCAGGAUUAACCGGCCACUAAUCCUCUUGGACAAAUUUUUUUUUUAGGGUACGAGGUCGUUUGUCUCAUUAAUUUCUUGUGUACAGAUCAGAUCGAUUAACCUAACUUGAUCACCAUGAUCAUAGA